CCGUGUUCGGCAGAUUUGUUGUACGCCAGUCAGAUUGCUGCAAUUUGUGGGCACAUGCAAAUAUUGUGACUGUUCUGUCGUAUGGCUAAAUUUUUAUAUGCUCUGUUACGUUAUUGCAAUUUUUCGCGCCACCAUUAAUCUAAUUUUGGGAUUUUUUAGUGCAGUUUUAAAAUGUUAAAUGUUGGUGCCGGCGCCAGUGGUGACGAUGAAUUUAAAAGUCAACUAAAGCUUGCGCGCGGCAUGUGGGCCGGCGGGUCGCAGUGCGUGCACGCGUCGCUGCCGCGCACCGCGCGCGCCGACCCCGCCCCCGCCCCCACGCUCAGCGGCGCCAUCGCCAGUCGCCGCCCGCCCAGGCCGACGGCACCGUCCCCAACCCUCAUAGCGAACAUCGACUCGUCCGUAGCGUGUCUCUGGUUGCUGACCCCACUAUCAGCUGGCACGGCCGUGGUGGCGGUGCUCGUGGCAGUCACCACCAACCACUGGCUCCACACUGAGGAGAACGUGCUGAACCCUAUGUACAACGGCACUGGCUCCAGCCAUCUGGUGGUGAAGCGGACUGUGUCUGGAUUGUGGAGGAUCUGUCAUACGGACCCUGGCAGCAUGCUCUACAGAUGUGUGGACAUUCCAUACUUCCCACUAACACGGUAUUCGCCCGAUCUUAGUGAUUCUACUAAUGCGAUCCCUUACGUGGUGACCCGCUCGGCGGUGCCUCUCCUGCUGGCGGUGGUGACGCAGGCGCUGGGCUCGCUGUGCUGCGCGCUCGGACACUGUGUGAAGGGACGCCGGAUAUGCACCUUCAUCGCUGGAGUGCUUUUCAUUGUUUCUGGUCUCAUCAUGCUGACGGGGAUCGUGAUGUACAUAUCGGUGUUCAAGUCGCAGGUGGGCCACAAGCUGCGCUACAUGACGGUCUUCGACAUGCCGCUCAUGUCCUACAGCUACGGCUACUCCUUCGGGCUCUAUCUCAGCGGCUUCGUGGCCGCGGAACUCGCCGGCACCUCAGCCAUAUUCCUCUUCCUGCAAUGGUAUCAAAAAGACUGGAUCACAGAGCUAACCGAAAAGGCGAAAGCAGACUGUCGAGCAUGGGAUCGAGAGUACGCAUUCUCAGACUUCAGAGAAAGAGACUCUACACUGUUAGAGCGGCGCAUGACGAAACGAGACACGUAUCCACCCACAGGCUCCUCCACGGCGACGCCUCACGAGCGGAGACGGUUUGUGUUUGACGGAGACGUGGAAGAGGCGCACUGCUCCAUACACAAAAGUAGGAGGUUAAAUUUAAGUUCAGCUUCGUUAAAAGACUUGUCUUCUUCCACGCUGUACGGGUUCCCGGCGGCGCCGCGGCCGACGGCCUGCGAUAAUUACUUCGAGGAGUUCAAAGAAGUCCCGCAAAGUGCGAACACGCUGAGUGGGCUGAGGAGUGCCUCGAUAUUCCAAUCACAGGCGAGCAUGGCCAGUGCUCGCUUCCUGGACACAGCGUGUGGGGAGUCUUCGAGGGAAGACGAGCUGGUGACCUUCGGCGGAAUGGGUCUCGGGACUCGAUUAGCCACUGCCACUGUAGCGGACAAGAAGAACCCGCCCCGCCACGACCGAGCCGUCGGCACCGACCCGCACCGCCGGACCACGCCCGUCUGAUCACAAUACCUCAUCCUACCGAUCCCGUAAAGCAUAUCAAGGUGAUAAAAGUGACGAUAAUGUUCUAUACGUUGUUGUGUGCGCGCCUCGAUGCGAUGCAACAUUAUUAUUCUAAGGACGAUGAAUUUCGAAUUUAAAUAUGAUCGUAUGUAACAGUGUUAAAGAUUUUUUGAUUGUUAAACUACCUUUUAAAUAAAAACACUGCCAUUUGUGUACAUAUA